GCUGCGGAAGGUGGGCACCUCGAAGUACUCAGGUGGUUUCAAGCGAAUCGUAUUCAAAAGUGCGGGCCUAGUGCUAUGGAUGUUGCUGCUGCUGAAGGCCACCUCGAUGUGGUCAAGUGGCUGCACCAGAAUCGCUCAGAGGGCUGCACAGGGGACGCCAUUCGAGAAGCAGCAGCGAAUGGCCACCUGGAGGUGGUCAAGUGGCUCCAUCAGAACCGCUCCGAGGGCAGCACGAAGGACGCAAUGAAGAAUGCAGAGCUUCGUUGCCGCCUGGAGGUGGUAAAGUGGCUGUACGCUAAUUGCUCUGAGAGAUGCUCGGAAGACGCGAUGUGCUUGGCAGCUGAGGAAGGUCAGCUCCGAAUGGUCCAGUGGUUGUAUGUGAACAUGCUGGAGAUUUGGACGUCCGAUGCGAUUGAUAGGGCACUGCGCGGCGGCCAUCUCAACGUACUCAAGUGGCUUCAAGAAAAUUGCAGACAGGAAGGCAACGCUCGUACUAUAGACACUGCUGCGAGCGGAGGCCGCCUGGAUGUCAUGAAGUGGUUGCAUCAUAACCGGCCGAAUGAUUGCACGAAGGACGCCAUUGAUAAAGCUGCGGCUUCUGGUCACCUGGCCGUGGUGAAGUGGCUGCAUUCCAACCGUUCCGAGGGGUGCUCGGACCAAGCGAUGAUCCUGGCAGCUGAGAAUGGGCAUCUGGAGACUGUCAAGUGGCUGUAUAAAAACAUUCCGGAGUCUUGCACUGUCGUGGCAAUCGAUAGAGCUGUGGAGUGUGAGCAAUUCCACGUGGCGUGCUGGCUGCAG